CGUCGCCGUCGCCGUCGUCGUCCUCGUCCUCGCUGUCAUCGUCUCUCGUCUCAUUGACAUUCUUCUUACAAUCGUAUACAUGUCACGGUUGCGCUUACGCGUUCCUAUCGUACAGAGCCCCAGUGUAGUCGUCGCGAUUCGUUUGUUUUUUUUUCUUGUGACAUGAAGAUUUCGUCGUCGUGAAGCCAGUGAAUUGCUCCGUGAAGUUGCUCCGUUUCGCUGACUAAGUCGGAGCGACGACUGUCAUCGCCGUCUGCUCGGUAACUUCUCUCACCGUAUUGUUGUCCUCCUCCUCGUUGCUAUCGUUGUGUCGUCGUUGAGUUGUACGUUUUCGCGAUGGAUCGGUGAAAAUAAUUUAUACGUUGAAAGUGGACUGAAAGUGGACCGAAAGUUUGUUAUGGACACAAAAGUUCACGUGCUUGUGAGGACUGAAGAAAUCGUGUGGUCUGAUUUGUAUCAAGACACACGACUCUCGUUUGCAGUGAUAAGCGGUAUACUCGAGGAACGUCAGCUCAGCGUAAUUUUAAAACGUUGAAUCUCACGGUACGCGUUACUUAUCGGAGUGUUUACGAAAACUCGCAAAGAAGAUCGAAGAAGGAACGGCAUUAACAUGCAUUGAAACGCAUCCACGCUCGAUCGUUCGAGUCGUACCGAUAUUCGCCAGCGGGCGAAAUCACAGUGAUACGACGACGUGUGAACGUCAGAGACACGGAGCGUAUCACUGGCAGCAAGGACGUGCCAGAGUGUCUCGUCGUCUCUACGAGCCGUAGGAAGAACAGGGACGCGCGUUUCCGACCCUCCAUGGACCACGGAGCGAUGGACAGCUCUUCCGAUCACAGCAGCCGUGCCAGUCCCGUAACCGGCAGUCCGAAACAUCCUCACAGCCCGUCGACGCAGCAGAGCCAGCAACAACAACAGCUCCACGGCAAUCAGCAUCAGCCGCCGCCGUCUCAUCAACAGUCGCACGGGCGCGAUCAGAUUCGCGAUCAUCAGCAGCAGCAGCAGCAGCAGCAGCAAUCACAGCAUCGCGGUGUGCCGACACCGGGAUCGCCCACGAGAGGUUCACCACCCCAGGGCCUUCCUCUGAGUCCACCGCCGUUGUCGGCCGGGGGUGGCCCCGGGGCACCACCAGGUAUGGUGCCUCGUAUGCCGGGACUGCCGCCGCCGGGACUGGGACUGCUGGGCCAACUCGGUGGUAUGCUGAGCGGUCAUCAUGGCUCGCCCUUGGAGCUGAUGGCGGCCCAUCAUGCGGUUCUACCACCGAGAUCCUACAACAGUCCACCGCCGAUCAGCACUAGCGAUCCUACUGCCAAUGAGUGCAAGUUGGUCGACUAUCGCGGCCAAAAGGUCGCCGCGUUCAUCAUUGCCGGCGACACGAUGCUCUGUCUGCCACAGGCCUUCGAGUUGUUCCUCAAACACCUCGUGGGCGGCCUCCACACAGUCUACACGAAGCUCAAGCGGCUGGAUAUCGUGCCCUUGGUGUGUAACGUCGAGCAGGUUAGGAUCCUACGCGGUCUCGGAGCCAUCCAGCCUGGCGUCAAUCGGUGCAAACUGCUCAGCUGCAAGGACUUCGACAUUCUUUACAGGGACUGCACCACAGCCAGCUCCAGGCCAGGAAGACCCCCAAAGCGAGCUUCCGUUGGGCUGAGCCUCGCGGCCAGCCACCUAGCCGCGGCGGCCGGCCAUCAUCCGCAACAUUCCCUGAAGAAGCACAGAAUGGACAACGGCGAUUAUUACGAGAACGGACACCUCGACGUACCAAGGAUGGAGAAGUCACCGCUUCUGGCGAAUGGAUACAAUCACCCACCCACGCACCUGAGCCACAUGCAGUUCAUGCAGCUCGGCGGGCAUCCAGGUGCAGGACACACCGCCAUCCUGUCACCGGCCAGUCUGCCGCAUCACCUGCAGGCGCAGGCACAGGCUCGCGCCGAGCAGGGUCUCAAGGUCAACCCGAAUAUGACCAACAUGGAAGCCCUCGCGAGGUCCGGGACGGUUUGGGAAAACUGCCGAGCUGCCUACGAAGAUAUUGUCAAACAUCUCGAAAGGCUCCGCGAGGAGAGGGGCGACGCCGAGAGAGCGCUGGCUUUGGACCACAAACCCAGGGAUCUCAGCUCGCACAAUGGCUCCUCCAACGGUCACAGCCCGGUUCUAAAUCUCUCAAAAACAGCGGGAAGCGGAAGCGUGGGCGAGCAAUCCGGAAGCGAGGCAGGCGCGUCGCAUCGUUCUCAAGACGACGAGGAGGAGGACGAUAAUCUGUCGGAGGACCUCGAGGACGACAAUGAAAAGGACGAAGAUUUGUCAGACGUGCCGGAGAACCUGCCAUUGCCAGCACCGGGCUCGGAAAGUCCUCCCCAAGCUCUGAACUAUUCGCAGAUAGCCUCGGCGGCGGUCGCCGUGUCUCAGAGCGCUCAGGAUCCCUCGGUCUCGAGUACGGAGACCCUGCUGAGGAAUAUCCAGGGCCUGCUCAAGGUCGCGGCCGACAACGCGAGGCAGCAGGAGAGGCAAAUCAACUACGAGAAAGCCGAGCUGAAAAUGGACGUUCUCCGGGAGCGGGAGGUCAAGGACAGUCUGGAGCGGCAGCUACAAGACGAGCAGAAGGUGCGAGUGGUCUACCAGAAACGGUUAAAGAAGGAACGGAGAGUGAGGAAACGGCUGCAGGAGCAGUUGGACCUGGAGAUCAAGAGGCGCACGCAACUGGAGGAGGCCCUCAAAGCCACGGGCGCGUCCUCGGAGCAAGUCAGAGCGAUUACCGAGAACGUAACGGCGGAGGCGCGCACGAGUUCGGAGCCGCCGGAGGCUAGCCCGGUACAUUCUCAGUCGCAGCAGCAGUCGUCGCAGCAACAACAGCCGCAGCAACCCCUUCAGCAGCAACAGGCAGCGGCCCAGCAGUACCGGGAGGCGCAAGUGCCGCGUCCUUCUCAGCAACCGUCGACGCCGGAGAAGCCCGCAUGGGGAUACGGGCUGGAUCUCAUCGGUAGCCAGGCGUCGGCCUUCUGGCAAAACUACCAAGAAUCGCUGGUGCAGGAGCUCGAACUCGAGAGAAAAUCGCGGCAGCACCAAGCAGCCGAGAGGGACCAAGUUAAGUCUCCUCUUCAAGAGUCGCGGACGGGUUACUACAAGAACUCCGUUCUGUUUACGAGCGCGACCUAGAAGAGGCCGGACGACGGUAGGCGGGGGCAGCAGGCAGAUCGUGCAGCGAGCAGCCGAAGCGAAUGAUCGAUCGGACGAAGAAGUAGGGAGCACAAUUCGAAACGACGGAGGAGAGCGGACUCGCGCACAAGCUUUACGCGAGCAGGAAGGAAUGGAAUCGUGACGAUGAGGACCGCGAGAAGAAAACGUAUCGGUCUCGACGAAGGAAGAGCAAGAGAAGACUCCGAGUGACGAUCUCUCGCGCGCGCGCAAGUGCCCGCGGAGACUUAUGUACAACUCUCGGCGAAAGACAGUGCGAAUGCCGGGGGAGUAUCGAGAAGGCUACGGGAGUAUCUUAUCGUUGAGAGACAUAAAUCUCUCUCCCCGGACAGAAUCGUACGAGCGAGAUGCUUCCGCUGGCAGAUUCGAUUUCGACGAACGAAUGAGCGCGCGCGCGCGGCUUUUCACACGUUUGUACAGAGCUGAGAGAUCAGCCGCGUUUGCUCGCGAGGGUGACUCGGGGAGGGAAGGGGGGAAGGUGGGGGAUAAUCGGGGCCCUCGAAUCGGGAUCGGUCCGGUCGGACCGAUCCGCACACAU